AUGCAGCGCACACACACUACCGAGAGCAUGCGAGUGCCAUUCUCCAACAUCUCCACCCUCAACAUGAACAAGGCCCCGCGUCCAGGCAUUGAACGCGCUCCCACAUCCACCAACCUCACCCGUCCGAUGCCCAUCCAACGCCUCGAGGGCAAGGUCGUCAUGAUCACGGGCGGCGGCGGCAAAGUCGGUGUUGAAUCUGCCGGCCGCCUGCUCAUCGAAGGCUGCAACGUCGCCCUCAUCGACAUUGAACAAACAGCCCUCGAGGCCGCCGUGCCCGUCCUCAAAGCCGCCAUCCCCACCGGCGUACCCAUUGAAUCACGUCUCCUUACCAUUGUUGCCGAUGCCACCAAGGAAGCCGACGUCGAAGCCUGCGCCAAGAAGGUCGUCCAGCGCUUCAACAAGCUCGAUGCCGCCCUAUUGAACUGCUGCCAGCGCGGUGCCUCAAAGAGCAUUUUCGACGUUACCGAAGACGACUUUGAUCGUAUCAUGACUAUCAACGCAAAGUCUGCUUUCCUUGGCGUCAAAUACGCAGCAACGGCCAUGCAAACCACAUCCGGCAGCGGCUCCAUCAUCAUCCGCUCCUCCAUCGCCGGUCUACGCGGCUUCCCCAACCUCAUCUCCUACAGCGCCUCCAAAUUCGCUCUCCGCGGCAUUGCCCUCACCGCCGCUGAGGAACUCGGUCCCCUCGGUAUCCGCGUCAACACUAUCCACACGAGCAUUAUUGAGACGCCGGGUUACAAAGAUGGCUGGAGCAAGGAGAAGUUGGCGGAGCUGAAGGAGGAGACGGCGCUCGAUCGCUUCAGUAGCCCCGACGAUGUAGCGAGUGUAGUGGCUUUCUUGGUUAGUGAGGAUAGCAAGUUUAUGACGGGUGGACACUUGAAGAUUGAUGGUGGUUGUGUUGCUGUCUAAGAGAUGGGAUGUGUAUGCGAGUGGGGGGGUUCUUUUUUUCAACGACAUGACUGAGGUAGUGGGGACGCGAUGAAUGAUUUUGCAUGAAUGGAGUUUGGGAUUCGGCCCGCUGUGGCUUUUUUGGGUUUCUCUUCUAUGCAUUAUGGUAGCAUGGUUUUUUUGUAUAUAUCAAACGUGCUAGGUUGGAUUGGCGGUUGCUGUUGGGUCUUGGGUCACAUGGGAAGAAUGGAUAGAGGUGAUGCAAGUAUAGAAUGAAUCUUGACUAUAUCUUGGUCAAGUAGCUGGAUGAAUAUCUAGUUUAACCAAUCACGACUUGUCUUUGUGGGUGCUUACCUGCU